AUGGCGCCCCCCUCCCAGCUCACCGUCGCGACCCUCUCCGUCACCAGACUCCUCAAGGAGGAGAUCUCGUACGAGAAGGAACUCAUCCAGCAAAGAGGCAAGGUCACGACUCUGGAGAAUGAGAUCAAGGAAGGCAAGCCCGAUGAGGACGGAAACCGGGAGUACAUGCUCAAGCAGCUGAAACUCGCGGUGGAGGAGACGCAAAAGGUGUUCCCCGAGCUGAGAACCCGCGUCGAGGACGCGACCGUCAAGCUGGAGGAGCAGAUUGCUCUGGCUGAGAGCGGCGGUGCGUCGCCUGAGGAGCUGGAGACGGCGAGACUUGCGCUCGCAAAGGGCAAGGAGGAGAAGACGUAUCUCAAAGACGACGUCUCUGCUUAG